AUUACAUUGUUCUUUUGAUACUAAUGAUUGUACUUAUUUUGUUAUUUACUCAUUGAAAAUUAAAAUUUGGACCCCCUUGGCUAGGGCACGAGACCGACGAACGUGCUCCAGAAUCAUUGACAUUGCCGUACAGCAUUAGCGAAUGCCACCAGUGAAUGCCGAAUAUACUCAAAAUAUGGAAUGUUGUACCUUAAUUAAGACUUUAAAUUUAGUGAAUGAAACGCGGUCCAUGUAAAGUUACCAGAUAUGCUAGUAAAAAGUGCACGUUGUGUAAAAUUUGGUGUUUAUGUAAUAAGUGGAACAGUAAAGUGCAGUUGCGUUAUCCAACAAGGAUGAAAUAAUUGUUGCGUGGGAAUCAUUGCUUUCAGUAAAAUGUUUGUGAUUAGAUCUAUUUAUGUUCGUUUCUUGAGUAUCGUUAUACUUGCCUUCUUGGGGGUCACUCUUAUGAUACAGAGUCUUCCAAUAACCACAGACACUUGCAAGUGUGAGGAUCGAGACAUUCAGCACGAAAAGUUUCACAGCAGCUUCCGGGAGGUCACGAGCGAUAAGCCAAAGUUGGCCAUUCUGGUUCCGUUUAGGGAUCGCUUCGACGAGUUGCUGCGCUUUGUUCCGCACAUUUCGGCGUUCCUGGACAAACAACAGGUUCCGUUUCACAUCUUUGUCCUCAACCAGCACGACCGGUUUCGGUUCAACAGGGCAUCCCUGAUAAAUGCCGGUUUUCUGCAGGUGAAGGACCAGUUCGACUACAUAGGAAUGCACGAUGUGGACUUGCUUCCACUGAAUGAUAAUUUAAAGUACGAGUACCCGGGCGAAGGUCCUCUCCACAUUUCCGGUCCAGAGUUUCAUCCCAAGUACCAUUACGCGACAUUCAUCGGUGGCAUUUUGCUGCUAAAGGUCGAGCACUAUCAGCAGCUCAACGGAAUGUCCAACCGGUACUGGGGCUGGGGUCUUGAGGAUGACGAAUUUUACGUACGAAUAAAGGAAGCGGGUCUGGAAGUGUUUCGACCACGGAACAUUACAACCGGCCCCGAGAACACUUUUCUACACAUUCACGAUCGCCUGCACCGGAGACGGGACACGACAAAGUGCUACAACCAGCGUGAAGUCACGAGAAGGCGAGACCGCGAAACCGGCCUGAACACAAUCCGGUACACGAUCGUAGACCGGAAGGAACUUACAGUGGACACCGUGCCAGUGACUGUGUUAAACAUAGACUUAGAGUGCAAUAAAACGCAAACUCCUUGGUGUGAAUGUGAUAUGAAGACGGACAGCAAAAAGAAGGUCUGAUUUGCACCACUUUGCCAUAGGAUUGUUCUUCAAAACACGAUAGUCCAAUAAAUCUCGUUUCAAACUAA